CAAAACAUUCGGUCGUCAUAGAACUUACACAGAGUUUACUAGGUGCGAGGCGCUCCCGACUACGAGUGAGGGAAAUCGGUCACGAAUGUGUUUGAGACAUCGCAGUCCGACGAACAUUUCUAUUAUUUUACGUCGAAUGGACCUGUGUUUGGUAUUCAAUACGGCCUACGAAUGAUCAGAAGAGGUGGGACUAGCAACCGCUACCACUCGGGAGCAAUUUCGAGCGACUUGGGUCGUCGCGCUGGCGAGUCGUUGGACGAGGAAUGCGCGCUGUAAAUACGCGGAGCACGAAUUAUGGAGCCGGGGAAUCGUCGUGGACGCGAUCCCGGAAGUGUCUUCGGCAACGGUGGUAAGCGCACGUGUUUUCUCCACGAGGAUCUCUCUUGACGAGCCGCGAGCACAGUGCGAGAAGCAUGCACCAGAACCAGAGGAGGAAGAAGAAGCGAGUGAAUUACGGCGUGCGGGCGGUCGAGGUGAUUCGCGGUGCGAAAGGCUUCGGCUUCACGAUAUCGGGCCAACAGCCAUGCAUACUGAGCUGCAUCGUGCAGGGCAGCCCAGCAGAGAACGCUGGCCUGCGUGCUGGCGACUACCUGGUGGCUGUCAACGGUCACAAUGUCAGCAAAGUACCGCACGACGACGUGGUGCAGCUGAUAGGCAACUCCAAGGGUGUGCUACGACUGCAAAUAGCUGAGAAUUACUAUUCUGAUUCAUCCGAUGAAGAAGGUCUGGCUACUGUGAGAUCCAAGCCCAAGUAUGCUCACAAACCUCGUGCCACUAACGCUGGUGCUCUGCAGUUGCAAUGCAGAGUGGCAAAGGUAGUGAGGGAUUUGCAGAGCGGAGCUAUGUUUCAUGCAGUUGGCUCUAGCACAAUGUCGGAGAAUAAGGAUCAUUAUGGUUACUCUGGCCUACACUAUCGCUGGAACAUGACGAGUCCUUUGCCACCGCCACCUCCUCCGGUGUCGCACAAACGUGAUUCUGAGAAAAUCGUUCAUAGAACAGUUGUUGGUUAUCUCGGUACCAUUGAUAUACCGAAUCAGUUGCACUCGUCGUGUAUGAUGCAGGUUUUGAGAAAAUGUAUCAAAAGACUGAAGGCGGAAAAGAGAAACCCGACGACUGUUCUUCUCACAAUUCAUGUUGCCAAUAUCAAGCUCACUAAUUCGGAGAAUCGUGUCAUCGCGGAAUAUCCCUCUUAUCGAAUAAUAUUUUGUAACUCUUUCUCCGAACAAGAUAAGCAGUAUUUUGGUAUAUUGACUAAAUCCAUGAGAGAUACGGACGACAUCGUCUCCAACUCGUGUCACGUCUUUACUAUUUAUUAUAAGUUAAUCGAUCACCAAGUGCAUUCUAGUGCGUGCAAUGUGUUCGGAUUUACGUGCACCAAGUCGUCCGAACUGAAUGUUUGUCAAGAGUUCCCCGAUAGCUGUACAAAUCUUAUCGGUGCCAUACAAACAUUGUACAUAUCGGAUUGCACGAAUGGCGAGACGAACCCUUACAACGAAGCGCGCAUACGUUUGGACGCCGCUUCGCCUCAGCCAAGUAACGUUAGCACAUCGACUGCUCAUUCCAGCAACAGUGAUUCCGGGAUUGGUUUUAAGGAUGAUUAUGGCAGCUGCUCAGGCAAGAACACGGCGAACGACUGCGGACGAAGAAGACAGUGCCCCUCCAAUAUGCAAUAUAGGAACGUAACCGCGCGGACAUCUCGGGAGUCCAUCAGCGAGGCAGCGGGGCACCGGCUGGCGGUUCGCGCGACGUCGGAAGUACGGUGGAACAAGGAACUAAAAUUCGACCCGGCUAAAGAGAUGCGGUUGACGGUGGGGAAUAGUGGGGGCACGACCACCACCUGCGUCCCUGCGGGAACAUCUGCCCCUGUAGCAGCGGCGGUAACGACGACGGCGGUACGAGGCUGCGCUUUGGCCAGUACGUCCGUUGGUUCCCUCGCGUCGGUUUGCACCACGGCGAUGCUCGACGGUAUCGAGGACGACACCGCCGAAUCGUCCAGGACAACGUCAUCCACGGAGAAGACGAAGCAGCGAUUCACGGACGCGAUCAACAACAAGCUCAGCCCGAAAGUGUACUGCGGUCAGGUGACCAAGUCGUUGGUGCACAGCCUGGAGGACGUGAACUCCAGCAUGGAGUACGCGCGACCCUUCUGUCACUCGUACACUGGCAAGCAGGACAAGCCGCGGCCUUGGGGAAGCCUGCAGGAGAUACGGAAUCUCGGCAACAGCGUCUCGGACAAUUGCAUACAUGGUAGCACGGAGUCUUGCGACAAGAACAAUGACUGCAAAGGGGUACACAUGUGGGCGAAUGGAUUUGAAAAACUUUUGGACGAUCCAAAGGGCUUGCAAACAUUCGCUGAGUUCCUCAAGAAGGAGUUUAGUCAUGAAAACAUAUAUUUUUGGGCUGCUUGUGAGAGAUAUAAAGAUACUAAAGACGCUGCUACGCGGCAUCGAUUAGCCUGUCAGAUAUACCAACGUCAUCUGUCGAGUACAGCCGCCGAGCCAGUAAACGUGGAUAGUCAUGCAUCGGGACAGAUUACUCAGGAACUGCUCGACGAAGCACCUGCGGAUCUAUUUUUACAAGCCCAGAAACAAGUAUUCAAUUUGAUGAAGUUCGACAGUUACCCGAGAUUCCUACGAUCGGAACUUUAUCGUGCCUGCUUGGAGGCAGGUACCGCCAUAGUUAAUACGGAAGACUGUGAUCUACAUCUUACGAGUUCGCCUAGUGUAAAGUUGAAGAAAAGCCACUCCGAUGCGGAAGAUCGUUGUCGAAAGUCGAUUCUUCCUUGGAACAGAAAGAACAGAUCUAAGUCGAAAGAUCGCGGCGAAACCGAAUACAACAAAGUCCCCAGUCGAAGUGAGACUAUAUAUAAGAGCUUUACAGCUAUUAAAAGAGAAACAGAAGGCAACAAUAAUGAAGACAGCGUGUCGAUAUCUAGCAGUCGAUCAUCGUUAGCGUCGUGGGAUUUGGCACUGCGGCAGUCGUUCAACAAACAUUCUGUAUCGUCCUGCGAAGGACAAGCGAACGAUAAGAAAGAAGCUCGCAACAAAUGUACGGGAUUGUGUCGAGUAAUAUUGCCUGAUGGGUCCACUACAGUAGUGACGACUAGCCAAACCGACAGCAUUAAAGACGUCGUUACCCGUCUCCUUGAUAAGAGAGCUCUACGAUAUAUUAACUAUGACGUACUGAUACUAGCGACAGAUGAGAUGGUAGACACAAAAUGUCCUUCAUCAGUAUUAGCAAGUCAAGAAGUGGAAGUCGUUCUCACGAAGGUUCUGAAGGUGGAAUUACCUUCGCGAAGAAUAAUAAGCAUUAUCGCACAUAAGGGUAAAACGCUGAAGGAUGUCUUGAGGCCUCUUCUAAAUAAAUACGGUUUUAAUUUAGAUUUAAUUAGUAUUUGGAGCGAGGGUCAUUGUGUUCCUAUGGACGUUAUGGCCAUCAAUGCUCCUACACGACUUAUUAUAAUGGCGAAUGAGGAAGAUUUUCAACGGGAGUUGCAUACUGCCAAGUAUCUGGACGAAUUACCACACGCACAACCAACUUUGGAUGAAAUUACCAAUAAAGUAUUCGAAGAACUCUUGGUUGGAAAGAGUAGGAAUAAAUAUCAGUAUAGCGAAGGGUCAUGUAAGUCUGAUGAUCAGCGCUCGGAAGGAUCUUCCAUAUUGUCCAGUAAAUUUUUCCUUCGCGAUUCAACGAUUCACGGAAAGAAGAAGGCAAAAUCUAAAUGUUGCAAUACAAGCGAGAAAGGUAAUACGAAUGAUUGCAUACACGAGGGAGCGCCUGUUAAAUCUCAGCCUCCAUUGAUCGCAAAGUGGCGUAACGGUGUGAAAUUGCAGCUUCCAGGCAGAUUCGACGGAGAUGAUUUAUACGAGGGACUGAAAAGAGCACAAAGAUCCAGACUGGAGGACCAGAGAGGAACGGAAAUCAAUUUCGAGUUACCGGACUUUUUAAAGAACAAGGAGAAUGGGAAACCGUCGGAUUGUAACAAGAUGCGAAGAAGUCGAGUAGUAUCGGCCAAUUGCGAGGGUACCACGAAGUUUUACGAUUCUAACGAAGAUAAGCAAAGCUGCAGCAGCGGAUACGAGUAUCCCGCGCACGUGACAAACGGAGGUGGUGUGAAUGAACGAUUCUCGGCCCUGGUUAAUAUUACGGAGCCUCUGAGUAAGUGCCUCGAUAGCUCGUUCACCUUAGACGGCGAUAGAACGUUAGUGGAUGGAGAUCAGACGGUCAUAGAGAACGGUACGAGUCCCCAAUCGAAGACUCUACACUCAGGAAGUUACGGUGCGGACGCGUCUCGCGCGAAAUUACCCAAACCUCCGCCGUUACCGCCGAAGCCGAAAAAUCUCGUCGUGAAUGUAGUGAAGAGCGGUUACAUCAUGUCCCCGAAAUCCUUACAGAGGUCUAAUCAUGUGAUCGAAUGAAGCAAUGGAAGCUUGUAGUAUUUCAUUGUAGAAAGAAAGAGAUAUUUUUCGCUUAGUAUUUCGCGCGAUGUUGCACGAUCGAUCAUUCAUACGCCGUAACGUAAAGUAUCGUCGUGCGAAUCACAUUUGCAUCGUUCGACAGGCAGAGAUGUCUAUUUCAUGGCGUGCAAGUUCACAACUUGAGCGAAAGAUAUGUUAGGAAUGAUUAGUCGCAUUCUCUUCCAUUACGCAUUUAUAUUCACAUUCCGCAAUUUAGAUUUUAACAGAAACAUUCUGUCCUGUCUAUGCCUUAAAUAUUAGGUGAUACAUUAACCGCGCGCGAUAUAUAUAUAUAUAUAUAUAUUUUUUUUUUAUAUAUAUGCCGAAUUUUUACUGUCAAGAGCCGUCUUGACUACAGAGAAACGAGAAAUGUGUCCAGGUGACGACAAUUCAUGCGCUUAUUAGAAGAUUACAUAGGAACAGAUUUUAAUAAAAAAGAAAGUUCCAAAAGUUGAAACGCAGUAGAAUAGAUUAAAAAGAAGAGGUAUGUUUCCGCAGUAUUCUAAAUAACUUUAUCGACAUACACGAAAUUUAUCGUCCUGUAGAGUAAUUUUCAUUAAGUUAUCGCAUUAUGCACGCCGGAGAGUUACGCGUGCAUUGCUUUGUAACAACGAAGAUAUUCAUUGCAGAAGAUUACGCGAAGCAAAUCAUAACAUGCUAUUGUGACAUGCUAAUAUAUUGUAUUACCUGAUUACCUGAAUUAAAUUAACAUAUUUUAUAAAUUUUAUGGAAAGAAAGGAACUUUAUGACAAUACUUCGACGUUGUGCUGUCUUUAAUUAUUUGGUGGAAUUUGCUGUUGAGAGCGAUCAAAGAUGACAAACGUCUUUCUUGUGUUAUUCCUUCCAAUUUUACAUGUACUAUGUAACAAAUACGAUGAUGUAACGAGAUUCUAACAAUUUUACGAUGAUGGACAAUUUGCAACGCCAGUGAUAUUUAAUGUACAAAUAUUAUAUACAAAUAUUGUACAGGUAUUAUACAAAAGAGAUCACUAGUAAAAACGAUUUUUCGCAGUGCUGCAAAUAUGGCAUAGCCAUUUUUUAACGUCACAGUAAAAACAUAAAGUGCUCGUCGUUAGUGAUUGCAAGUCAUUGAGCAGCUACAUGUAGAGACUUUGCAAACGAGAAUAUUAAUAUUUGGUGUCAGCAUGUCGACAACUACAGGAUUGUUUCUCUGGUAAUACAAUUGUUGAAUCUUUCGUUAUGUAUUAAAAACUGAUCACAGCAUUGUAAAUAUAUGACGUAUUUAUUACACACAGAUAUAUAAUAUAAAUAUUAAAUAUAUACUUAUAAUGCUGUGUGUUAUAUACAUAUUAAAAAGGAGCAUUGUAACGUAGCUCCUGGUUGUAAGGGCGUUGACAACGAAGACAAUGAAUUUAUAAAUCUGCGACAUAACAUUCUUACUUCAUAUAAAUCGAUAAAUAAAUUAUGUGAAAGUUUCGUUUUUUAUAGAGUA